UCAAAGUUUGUAACCCUAUUUUGUGCUCACUCAGUAGUUAGCUUUUUCUUGAAACCACACUUCCAUUUUUCGCGUUUCAAUCCACAGCUCUAAACAGAUCGAUUCAUCCUCACAAAACGAAAUGUCUUUGAGAGGUGUGUGGCAGCUGAAAAAGCUCGUUGUCAGUUUCUGCGAUUGGGGCGGCAGUAGCAGAGGCAUCAGGGCGUUUAUGGAGUCUGAGCUGCCAGCUUUUAUAGAGAAGAAUCCUCAGCUUGAGGUGGUGACUGAACUAAAUCGUGGCUACCAUCCACUUUUGAAAGGAUUCUAUAAGAACAAAAAUGAGCGCGUUGUCUGUGUGAAGAAUAUGACUCCGGAGGAUGUGCUCCAGUGUGCAAGCAGGCUUAGAAAUUCUCAAGGAAGGAAAGUGCUGAAGCUGAAGACGAGACACGUGACUAAGCAUCCUAGUGUUCAAGGAACUUGGUCGAUUGACCUGAAGAUUGCAAACUGAACAAGGGUUGGUUGCUUUUGGGAUUCGACUCCAUUUUCUGGACUUGGUGAAGAGUAGAUGUCUUCUUUAUACAGUUAAAUCGAACCUUUGAGCCGACGAUAAUGUUCUUGAAUUCUUCAGGCAUCCGAGAUGAUUUCCUCGGGCGAACAUGAUUUGCAUUACUGGCUGGUAGAAUCUCGUGUUUUUAUUAGUUGAUCCACAUGAAUCCUCCAACUAUAAUGGUUUAGUCUUUUAUUUAGCGUGA